AUGGAGCAGUCACAGUGUGGCAGCAACGACUGCAGAGGUAGCGGCCGAUCCCAGCCGGCUGCGGGGCUGGUGGCGGCUGUGCCUCCGCCCCGGUCCCCAGCGUUGCCGGUGACCCCGGGGAUGCCUGUUGCUCCAGCUUUCCUCCGGCCGCCGAGCCUCUUUCUGCGGGCAGCCGCCGCCGCCGCUGCCACCGGGAGCGGAGCCUGCCCACCAGCGCCCGGGCUAGAGAGAGGGAUGGCGGCGGUGGGCUGCGGCUACCCGCGGACCCCUAAGUGCGCUCGUUGUCGCAACCACGGCGUGGUGUCGGCGCUCAAGGGCCACAAGCGCUUCUGCCGCUGGCGGGACUGCGCUUGUGCCAAGUGCACCUUGAUCGCGGAGCGCCAGCGCGUCAUGGCCGCCCAGGUGGCGCUGCGCAGGCAGCAGGCACAGGAGGAGAGCGAGCCCCGCGGGCUGCCGAGGCUGCUAUACUCUGCACCCCCGGGGCCAGAGGGUCAGGCAACCCGAGUCAGUGGCGGAAGCGAGGACCCCCAGGCGGCCGGCGUCCCGGAGGCGGUGGCUGCCCUGGGACUGCGGGCCUUGACGGAGGCUAGUGGUCGGGCGACCCCCGCUUUUGAGGUUUUCCGGCGGGACUAUCCCGAGGAAAAACAAGAUCAAAAAACAAGUAAAAGUGGCUUAUACCAGAGCGGGCAAGAAGAACCAGCCUCCAAAUCCCAUCAACUUUCCCUGGGAUCAUCUCCCAAGUCUAAUGGGGUCAUUGGAAAGCAAAACAUCAGAUCAUCUAGUUCAGAAAAUACAAACAAGGAGGAUAACAUCUUGUCUCCUAAUCCUGGGGAGCAGUCAGGAGGUGAUGAGAGUCCCAGGUCCUUGUCAUCCUCUGAUCUGGAAUCAGGAAAUGAAAGUGAGUGGGCCAAAGACUUCACUGCUCCCAGAUCUCACUUUCCCACAGUGUCCUCAAGACAAAGAGACCCUCUUGAUAUCCUUACCAAGAUUUUCCCAGGUUACAGGCGCAGCCGGCUGGAAGGUAUUCUACAGUUCUGCAAAGGAGAUGUAGUCCAAGCCAUUGAACAGGUCUUAAAUGGAAAAGAGCACAAGUCAGACACCAGGGAGCUAGCAAGCUCAGGAGGAUCUGGACCUACAGCCUUUCAGAGAGCUCCUAACUUGAGUCUAGCUAGAAUUGGUUUUGGAGCUCUAGGGAAUAAAUCAGCUUUCUCUCCUCUUCAGACCACUUCUGCUUCUUAUGGAGGUGAUUCAAGUCUCUACAGUUUAAGUCCUAGACUAGGUAUCAGUCCUUUACGGCUGGCAUAUUCCUCUCCAGGAAGAGGGCUGUCCGGUUUCAUGUCACCCUACCUAACAUCUGGGUUGGUACCUGCAUUGCCUUUCCGGCCACCUUUGGAUUAUUCUUUUUCAGGAAUGCUUAGGGAUUCUUCUUACCUUCCCAGCAAAGAUUCAGUAACUGGUGGUGGACUGUAUUCCAGACUGAAUCAGGAGAAUCAUUAA